UUCAUUAUUUGAGUUAUUGUCGUUAGUUGCUAACGUACAUAUAUUUUUAUUGUUAGUCUGUUUGUUAUUAAUCGUAACCAUGCCGCCGAAAAAAAAGGGAAACGUUGGAAAGAAAAAGGUUGAUAUUGUUCGUGUUGACCCAAAAAAGCAUGAGGCGAAAUUAAAAGAAAUAGAGAAGAGACACAUUGCAGAAGCUUUAGCUGAACAGGAACUGUUAGAGGAAAUGCUGUUAGAAGAGGAAGAAAUGAUCGAAGAAGAAGAUGAGGGAGAUGAAGACUGGUCUGAUAUUGAGCCUGCGUUUAAUGUAGGGCGCAUAGAUCUGUCCUUCCCUGAAACCGCCGCAGAGUUCGCUAAUUCACCUCAAUGUUAUCCGCCAAGCUAUUACACAUUGUCUCCUAAGGAACGACUUUUGCUGUUAUAUGCUGAGAAUUUUAGAAAGCAAUUCGCUACAUUUUAUCCAAAACGACGGCCAUUAGUGUUAGCCUUACCAAAUGAAUGCAACGUUCAGAAAUUUGUUUGCACUACUAUACGACCAACUGCAUUUAUUCAUAUUCCAUUAAUCGGUAGUGAAGAGGAAUGUGCUCGUUUCGUUGCUGACUUUAUUGUAUAUGAACCACUUGAGGACGUAACGAAAUUCCUGACUAAAUUUAAUUCGUCACCACUAAUUGAUAAUAAGCCGUUGGAAAAUUAA